AUGGAGAUAUCUGACGUACGAUCCACCCACUCCACUUGCUCUUCCCUUUCCGAUCUCUCACCUACUGUACAGGACCAGCUUGCUCGCCUGCGCCGUUGUCCAUGGCUCCCCAUCACAGACUCGGACUCCAAGACCUGUUUCUUGAUGAAAUUCUGCGCAGAUCCUGAGAAAGAGGAGUGCUACAUCUUGGUUACUGAUACCGUCAAACUGUCCAAGGCCGCCACAUUUCCCACCGUAUCCCCCCACCGACUACCUCCGCACAGAAAAGCAAGAGCGCAGAUUCAGACGGCAUAUGCUCCAGCUCCUCCAUUCGCACACCAGCUCUGUCGCUUGUCAGACAUGCAAGUCGUAGUCGAGCAUGGAGGAAAAUGUGCGGAUAUCGCUCUAACCAUCACGACUCCCUCUCUGAACUGGCAGUGGCGUGCAUUUGCACUCCACUGGUCCCAUGCUGCUCAAAUUUUGUCCAAGCAUUGA